CAGUCGAUCUCCGCGUUGCAGCGUUGCAUGAACUCAAUUUUAGUCGCGUGCGAAACACAAAGUUUACACAAGUUCAACUAAAAAAAAAAAAAACAGACAAAAUCACCGCAAAAGCCUUACGGAAAUAGUUAGGAAACGGGCAACAACAACAACCAUAACCAGCAGCAACAACUUGAACUCCAAAAUAACCCAAAACGCAGUCGAAAUUGUUAAUUGAACUUUUAUUUAUUAACUUUGGCAAAACGGUGUCAAGCGCGGCCUAGAGAAAGAAAUAAAAAACAAAAAAAAAAUAAAAACCCAACGACAAACGCCCAAAACAAAUUCCAAGCACGUUGCAGACGAAAUUACGCAAACGGCGAUAUAAAACACACCAGCAACUGCUGCAACUACAGCAGCAACAUCAACACCAACAGCUGACGUUCAAUGAACGUUUCAGUUUCAGGUUACCCAGAUGCAGAUCUUGGCUAAGCCAAGCCAUCCAAUGUAAAGUGCAGCUCCGCCCGAGAGCUUUUUCCCCCCCACACUGAACUUGAAAGUGAAAGUGAAAGAGAGCGGAGAAAUUAAGGAAAAGAGAGCGUAAAGACAGAGAGAUAGAAAACGUAAAACAUAGAGAAAGAAAGACCAUAACAGCUUUUCGCUUUUGCUGGAGUGCCCGAAAAACAUCUCAGAGCAUCAGCCAAGGUCGUCUGAACGAACAUGAACAGUUCCAAGGAUCAGCCGGAACAGGCUCAGUACGAGGUGAAGGCUCCUCAUGCCGGAGCAGAGGGUCAUACGUUUCUAGUGAGUCCUGUGGAUCCCACCCCGAUCCUGGCACCCAUUCUCACCGCUGUGCCUGUUAUGAAACCCCUUGAGAUGGAGCCGCCACAGCCCAAGGAAGCGCCCAAGGAGGAGCUGGAUGACGAGCAGCCCUGUUGCAGUUCCCAGGCCGUGGUGCCCUUGUCCUCCUCCCUGCCCUGCAAGUUGCUCCGGAUGCAUGCCCGGCGAUCGGCGCAGGCCCUGUUACACCAAAUGGAGUCCCUGGACUCACAGCUGGGCAGCAGCCAUGGCAGCAACUCGGAGGACACCUCGCCCAGUGCCCCACCCAUGUCGCCGACGGAUCAGCAGCUUGUCGACGUGGGCAUGGGCUCCUCCAUCGGGGAUUCGGAGGAAUCCUCGGAGGAGGGUGACGAACUGAAACCGCUGGCCGUGGACAAUCACAUCAUGCACGAGGUAGAUCUAGCCGAGCGGCAGGCGUCGCCUCCAGCUGUCUUGAGUGAGGCGAACUUGGAGAAGUUCCGCAAGCACCAGAUGGACAACAUCUACCUGCAUCCCAACUUCACUUUGGACGCCUCUCCGCCGCCGGCUGUGGCCCCAGCCAACUCACCUGUCUUGGAGGCCAAGAGAAGUCAUCGCUCGUUCCUGUCGCUGAAGAAGGACAAAGAGGUGGACCAGGUGCUGGAGAAGGAAGUGCCGGAAGUGCAGGAAGUGCAGGAGCAGGAUCACGAGGCCCAGGGACCCAACGAGAUAGAUUCCCUGGAUCCCGCCCUGGUGCCCAGCGAGGAGCUGGCUGCUGAGAUCACCGACGCCGUGGAGUUCUACUUCUCCAACGAGAGCAUCCUGAAGGAUGCCUUCCUGCUGAAGCAUGUGCGGCGCAAUAAGGAGGGCUUCGUCAGCCUAAAGCUGGUGUCCAGCUUCAAGAGGGUUCGCCAGCUGACCAGGGAGUGGAAGGUGGUCGGCGAUGCAGUGCGUCGCAAGUCCCGCAAGAUCGAGCUGAACGCUGAGGGCACCAAGGUGCGCAGAAUCGAAGCAUUGCCCAGCUUCGAUGAGACCAUGCCCUCUCGAACGAUUGUGGCCUGUGAUCUUCCGCUGGACAAGCUGACCAUUGAAAAGGUUUCGGAUCUGUUCUCGCGAUGCGGUGAGAUCGCCCUUAUUCGCAUCCUAAAGCCGGGAAUGGCCAUACCCGUCGACGUGCGUCAGUUCAUGAACAAGUACCCAGAAUUGCAGCAGAAGGAGUGCGCGCUGGUGGAGUACCUGGAGUCCUCGUCGGCCCGGGAUGCCCGCCACCUGAGUGGUCCCUUCCAGGUGUACGAGAUGGUGGCCCCCAAGAAGAAGACCGGCAAGAAGGCAGCCGUCAUCCAGAUAGCCGCUCCAGUGGCUCGCAUGGUGGAGAACUAUCGCUACUACAACGACACCAGUUACGAAAGGAGUCGCGGCGGCAGCUUCUCCGGCCACGAAACUGUGCCGGAUCUGCGCUUCAAGCUGAAGCGGAACAACUCGGACUUCCAGCCCAGCUACUACCAGCAAGUGGCGGCGCCCAACUACCAUGGUCAUGGUAAUCCUUACCAUGCCAAUCCCUACCAGCCACGCGGCAGCAUUGGCAGUCAGAGCCAGGAGAUGGGUCCCUCGGGUUUUUUCGGCUAUGGACCCAGGCGCUACAGCAACACAUCGACGAUCUCGGCCAACACAGCGGCCGCCUUGGGCGAUGCCUCGCCAAUGUCUUCUGCUGUCAGUUCAGGCGGUAAUCCGGUGUCCUCCAUGAGCAAUCUCCAGCGGCGUCUGUCCAACUGCUCCGAGCAGAACUUCACGCCCGAGCCAAAUGCCCCGAUGUCGCGAAGGGCCAGCAACUGCUCGGAGACCGGCGGAGUAGUACCUCAGCGACGUGAUUCGAACUGCUCCGAGAAUUGCCCAUGCUCCAGGAGGGUUUCCGACUUCGGCCAGACCACGGACACCGGCUACCGGAAGACCUCUGUCUGCUCCAAUGGCAGCUGCCCGGGCAAUCAGAGCCAGGAGCGUCGCUUCUCCAACGGAUCCAUGCAGUUCGAGCGAACCUUCUCGAAUGCCAGCGAGAGCAGUGGCUUCUAUCGUCGUCCCUCGAACGACUUCAACAUGGAAAGGGAGCCCAUCCAAACGGAUCAGCUGGUGGGCGGCGGUGGUGGUGGCUACCAGGUGUGGCCCCGCCGCUACUCCAACAACUUCCAGCAGCUGAGCAGCAAGCUGGCGGCCUACGACAAUGCCCAGUAUAUUGGCGGCAGGCGCAUAUCCACGGACUCGGGCUACGAUCGUCGCUGCUCCUUUGGCUCGGAGUACGAAGGAUCGCCCAGAUCCCGCACCGGAAGCUUCCUGAGCAACUACAAGCACGGCGCAGGAGAUGGCUACGACGGGCAGCCAAGGUCGCGAACCGGAAGCUUCCUGGACGGAUCACCGCGUUCGCGAUCCGGAUCCUUUGCCCAGCGAACUGCCGAGAGUCUGGUGCGCACUCCCAUGGGUCCGGAUGGCAGCAAGGGUUUCGGCCAGAGGGCCAGGAAGUUCGGACAGGCCAUAUCACCCGUGAACUAGGGGGUCAGACUACCGCAGAGUGGGGGAUUUAAUUGUUGAUUAAUUUUAGUGGGAAGAUAAACUGUUAUAGAACCGUAUGUGAAAUUAAUGGCUGUACACUGUGAUGCUGUCCAACUUGUUAAACGUCCCACACGUACACCUCCCCCAAAACCCUUAGCCCAACCUAGGUUAGGAACAGAAACCUAUAGCUAUCGAAUUUUAAUCAGCGAAAACUAUACGGAGGUUACUUUGGUCAAUGUGGAAUUUUGCUAGCCCUUGCUUUAUUAUUUGUUUAAACCAUUCUUAUAUGCAACAUAACUACAACAAUCACUGCCAAUAGUUUAAGGAAAGGAAAUCGGAAAACAAUUGGUUUGGUAGACACUUAAGAUCAUACUAAUUUGAUUGACCAUUAACCAGUUAAUAGAUUGUAGGUUUUAUAAUUCACUAAAUAUAUAAAUAAUAUAUUUAAAAAAGAAAGAACUAGAAUACGGGCCCAACAGUUAUAAUCACAAAGUCUCACUUGACUUAUAUUAUUGCCUGACAAUCUACCCUUUAAAGCAGCUUAUAUCCUUAUGAGUUCACAAAUUCUUACUGCAGAUUUAGUAUUGUUUUUAUUGCCUAUAAACUUUUUUAAUUAGCGUGCAAUUAGGUUAGUCAUAGAAUAGUCUCACCCAUAAAUCGAGCGGCUGCCAUAAAAAUCAGUUAUAGUAUCGUGGCCAUAGUUAACCAGCUAUACGGAUGUAAUCUGAAUCAAGAAAAUUAUUUAGAGUCUCAGGUCAUUAGGUGUAACGUUUGCAGGGUAGUCAAAUACCGAUUUCCACAUUUGCCACCUAACCCCCUAGUAUUUUCACAACUUUUUCUUUUAAUUGUUUUUUUAUUUCAACACUUUUAUCCAGUUUUAACUAUAGUUAGUCUAAUAAUUACAUAUUUAGAUGUAGGAAACUUGGUUGUCCUCCCGCGAAAAGAAGGAGGAAACAGCAAAACGGAUUAUUACAGGAGAGAAUAAAAAUAUUUUUCAUUUUUAGCUUUUAAUUUCGAUUUCUUACAGAGCCAUAUAUCUGUGGAUGCAAUAAAUUAUAUUAUGCGUGUUAA